AAGAAGAAGGCGCGCGUCAUUUACGCGUCUGUGACCUCAUCGUAUGCGCUGCUAUAUUUUGAAAAGCUGGACAGCGGCUGUCAAAGCUCUGCACUUUAUUGUACACGCAAAUUCAUUUUUAUGCGACUUGUUAUUAUGGAUCAAAUGUAAGCGAACAUUAAAGCAUGCCAAAGUCUCUGAAAAAGUCCUGCACCACUCAGACCUCCAUCAGCAGGUACUUCGGAGGAUUGAGCAGCAGCAGCAGCAGCUUUGCCUCCAACAAGCAGCGCGGGAUUAACCCAAAUCCUGCAGAGCAGCAACUUUCAAGAGGCAACAAGCUUUCAUCUGAUGAUGACUUGGAAUUGCCAAGAAAACGAGUUAAGCCUUCUCCAAAGGACCACCAGGCGGAGGAUGUGGAGUGUGAGCCUGCGUCCUGUCAGGGCAUUAAAGACACAAAGCUGACGCUGAGCCGAAAAGCAGGCAGCCUGUGCUCCUCCACGUUGGAGAAGCUGAAAGGCUUCACCUGCGGGGCUGAGCCCAGUGUCGUCAGCAGCAUCACCCGGGAAGAAACAGAGACGGCUGAUGCAGGUCAGGAAAGCAGUGAUUGGUCUCCUCGUUGUGCUACAGGUCAACCUGAAACUACACACAGACUGCAGCAUGCAGAAAGGGAGCAUGAAGGUGAAGAGGAGGAUGAUAAAGAAAAGGCAGAUCUGGGGUUGGCUGCUGCAAAACAGGGAGUUCACUUCUCUCAGUUUGCCAAGACAGGAGGAGGAAAGUGUGCAGAGCUGGGUCCUCCAUUGGACUGUAGCACCUCCUCCAGGCGUUCAAAGAGCAUUUUCACCCCCCUUGAGCAGCAGGUGAUCCAGCUGAAACAGCAGCAUAAGGAUGCUUUGUUGGCUGUGGAGUGUGGUUACAAGUACAGGUUCUUUGGAGAGGAUGCAGAGAUUGCUGCAAAGGAGCUGAACAUCGUCUGUCAUCUGGAUCAUAACUUCAUGACGUGCAGCAUCCCCACACACCGCCUGUUUGUUCAUGUCAGACGGCUGGUGUCUCACGGACACAAGGUCGGAGUGGUUAAACAGACAGAAACAUCUGCGAUCAAAGCGUCAGGGGCCAACAGAAAUACUCUGUUCACUCGUCAGCUCAGCGCCCUGUACACCAAGUCCACUUUGGUGGGAGAGGAUGUAAAUCCGGUCUGCAGACUCGGGGAUGUGGAGGAGGGGGGCUGUGAUGAUGUUGUGUCGGACCCUCCCGACAGUUUCCUGCUUUGUAUUAGUGAGAAUUGGGACAAACUGAAGAAGCAGCUCACUGUAGGACUUGUGGCAGUUCAGCCCAGCACCGGCGACGUGCUUCUGGACUGUUUUCCUGACGGUCCCUCUCGCUCUGAGCUGGAAUGCCGUGUCCUUAAAAUCAACCCUGUUGAAAUCCUGGUGCCCUCCGACCUCUCAGAGCAAACCGAGAGACUCCUGCACAGCAUUACGAAUGCAAGAAUUAGGUUUAGGUUUCCCCGGGCAGGCAGACGGUUGUUUUAUUUGAAACUCCUCAGGCUCAGUCUGGAUGAGGAAAUCAAUGUCGGCUUGGUUCUCAGCACUCUGGAUUUCACUGCAGGGAUAAACAGGAUCCAGCCGAGCCGUCUGUAUUUUAAAAGAUCAUAGACUGUCUGUCCCAAUAAAUGGUCAUUUUAUAUCACUAGUUUUAUUAAAAGAAAUAGACAGCAGUUACACACCUGCCUACACAUAUUUAAGUUCUUCCUCCAGUUCAGUCGUUUAAAACAUCAAGUUCCAUAAUGUGGUUUUUAAUGUUUUUUGUGUGUGUAUAACUAACAUGAGGCUUUGGUGGUUGUAAUCAGUUUAAACAAGUGCUUUACAGUUUUCCCUUUUGUCAUUGGUAGGCUGGCUUCUUGUGAGAUCAACACAAUUACUUUGUUUUGGACUUGUCAUCCACCAGAACUUAGUAGACAAAUACUCUUAUAGACACAUAAAGACCAUAUUUUUAUUGGAAAACAGAAAUAUAUUCUGUUAUUUAUGCAACUCGAAACAGGUAAAGACACAAGUUAGCUUCAGAAAAGUUAACAGCAUCAGUUUCAGUUAUUCCAGCGAUUAGCUCAUAAGGAGCAUCAGAAUGUCUUGAAGGUCUUGAGCUUCACUUGAAAGCCUUAAUUUAAUGUCUGCAGGCUCUUGUAUGAAUCACGAGAACACAAAAAGGUUAAAUUAAGUUAAAUUUACCCUUCAUUCUAACUUGUGUUGUACAGUUAUUUCAUUUUUAACUUUAAUUUUUAUA